UUCAAAAAACUAAAUCAAAUAGACAGUAAUGUGGAAGAACCUAACACUGUGGAAUCAGCAUGCCAUAAACUAGACCAUAGGACUCUGGAUGAAAAUGGUAUACAGGGUGAAUUCACAGCUGCUAGCCAAUCUAUGGAUGGAUUGCACAAGAUCAGGCUAAACUAUAGUGAAGACUCAGCUGAUGGCAGUAAGCUAAAUGAAGAUGAGCUUAUAGAUUUUUCUGAAGACCAAGAUAACCAGGAAGACAGUAGUGAUGAUGGAGGCCUUGUAGAUGACAACUGUAAUUCAGAAAUGGGACAGUGGCACCUGAAGCCUACUAUCUGCAAACAGCCCUGCAUAUUGCUUAUGGACUCACUGAGGGGCCCUUCCCGCUCGAAUGUUGUGAAAACACUGAGGGAAUAUUUAGAAGUGGAAUGGGAAGUCAGGAAAGGCAACAAAAGAAGCUUUUCUAAAGAUGUCAUGAAAGGUUCCAACCCAAAAGUGCCACAACAGAACAACUUCAGUGAUUGUGGAGUGUACAUACUGCAGUAUGUGGAGAGCUUUUUUGAGAAUCCAAUUCUGAGUUUUGAACUACCAAUGAACUUAACAGACUGGUUUCCACGCCCAAGAAUGAAAACCAAAAGAGAAGAAAUAAGGAAAAUAAUCCUGAAGCUGCAGGAACAGCAAAACAAAGAAAAGAAGGGACAAAAGGACCCAAGUCUGAUGGAAAGAUCUUUGCAGGAAAAAACAGAACAACUUCUCAACAGCAGCUCAGACUGAAUGUUGUAUCUGUUGCAUGUUAGCUCUACAAUCAGAACUGAAAUAUACAUUUUUGUCUGCCCAGACUAAAGAUUUGGCAUAUUCUCUGCUCAAAGUUACUUGGGAAUGUUUAAUGCCUGUAUAAAUGUGUGUCAUAAAAUGAUUUAAUUCCCACAAAGAUGUGUAUUAAGUAAGCAAGUCUGUACAUAUGUUAAUGAGGCCAACUUUUUCAGCAUUUGUAAUUACUUUUUUCCACUUGUUAGGGAGCUUUUGUUAUGUAUUUCUGUUAAUAGAACUUAAAUAGCAACUUCUAAACAUAAAGCAAAUAAAGAAAAUAUUUAUAGGAUAAAA